AUGAAAACCAAUAAUCUUCGUUCCAUCGUGAAACAUUUUGUCGCUUCUCAGCAAGCGGAGGGCGUUGGAGCCACCGUGAGGCGGUCAAUUGGAUCUAUGCAGAUGAGAAGGUUUUCACCCUUCUUAAUGCUUGAUCAUUUUACUGUCAGCCCUCCUGCCGGAUUUCCGGAUCAUCCUCAUCAUGGCCAAGAAACAAUUACGUACGUUUUGGGUGGUAUGAUCGCCCACGAGGAUUUUUCCGGUGCUAAGGGUAUCCUGUCGCCUGGAGAUUUGCAAUUCAUGACGGCCGGGAAGGCCAUCGUGCAUUCAGAAAUACCAGUUAAGAUGGAUAGUGGAGAGCCAGCUGUUGGUUUGCAGCUGUGGGUAGAUUUACCACAGAAGCUGAAGAACUGCGAACCACGCUACAGGAAUCUCAGGUCGAAGGAGACUCCGGUAGUGAGACCCAGUGAAAAUUUGGAGGUUAGAGUUAUCAGUGGUAACUCUUACGGGGUGGAAUCCGUGAGAGACUUGGCUUACACGCCAGUUCAUUUCUAUCAUUACAUUACGUCAAAGGAAGGUACACCAUUUACUCAGAACUUCCCUCGCGACUUCAACGCUUUCAUGUACGUAAUGAAGGGAUCUGUCGCCAUUGGCGAUCAAGUAUUUCCACAGUUCUCCACUGUAUUCUUUAACAAUGAUGGUGACGCUAUCGCGGGUGUUUCAGCCACCAAAGAUGCAGAAUUCGCUUUGAUCGGUGGAGAGAUUCUGGAUCAAGAUGUGGUGCAGCAUGGCCCUUUCGUCGAAACAGACAGAGAGCGCCUUCUUGAAGUGUUCAAGAAUUACCAAUAUAGCAUUAACGGCUUCGAAAGAGCUCGCGAUUGGAGGUCGUCAAUUGCUGAAGGUAUAUCAGAGGAAGAAGCCAAGAAACAGCUUGAAUAG